AAAAAUAAAGAAAAAAAACCUAUUCCCCAUGAGGAAUCCCAUCUUUAAAUCAAGUUCCUCCCAUUUAUAUAUUCUAAGAUAAACCAGAAAAGUUUGCCUUGCUUAGAGGGUCAUUGCAGUAACAUAAUUCUAGCUAAGUCUGAGAAAAAUGUAUCCUGCAGUAGAUGAACAAGAUGAGUCAUAUGAAGCUCAUCAUAGCCAUCCAAGCUAUAUCGUACCAGUGGUGGCGCCUCCAACUUAUGGCCGUCCCCAUAUACCAUCUUAUGCUCCUCCGUACAUCAGCAACAGUGUUAGGGGUCCUAUGAUCAGGACACAGCGAUGGUCAACUGGUCUUUGUCGUUGUCUUGAUGAUCCUGGAAACUGUUUGGUCACCUGCUUCUGCCCUUGCGUUACAUUUGGAUUGAUAGCAGAAAUAAUAGAUAAAGGCAAUAGAAGUUGCACUUGUAAUGGGGCUAUUUAUGCGACACUGCUAUCUCUGAGCGGGCUUGCAUGCUUGUACUCAUGCUAUUAUAGGUCCAAAAUGAGGGCACAAUAUGAGUUGCCAGAGGCUCCAUGUAUGGAUUGCUUAGUUCAUUUCUGUUGUGAAACCUGUGCUCUAUGUCAGGAGUAUAGAGAACUAAAAAACCGUGGAUUUGACUUGAGCAUAGGUUGGGAAGCCAACAGGGAAAGACAAGGACAAGGAGCUAUACUAUCACCUGUAAUGUCACAGACUAUGACCAGAUGAAAAGUGAAACAUGUUUUUGUGGCAACCCUCGUAGCAGUUGGUGCUGUUAAUUUCAACUACUUGCUGUUUAUAUUAUGUUUUGCUGGUUGAUUUGAGUGUUUUGUGUCUUUGAGAUCUUGCUUUGAGUGCUUUUAUUAUCCCAAAGAAAUGGAAAAUUGUGUCAAAUCUUACCUGCAGUUGUCAGGCUCUA